AUGGCUAGGACGAUUGACUUGGAUAUCGCCUACUCUCCUCGAAAUGUUAAAUUUAGCAAAGUUGGAGCAGCUUACAGUGAUGUUACACUAGUUGAUCGUCUUAGUGGCGCCUCAUGGGCGUACGAUUGGAGUCCUUAUGCUGGUGGGGAUUUACCAAGAGGAGUAGAAUACUGUCCGAUGCUUUGGGGUCCUAAAUUCUACAGCCAAUGGUACUCUGCCGCCUCCGAUGCUCUCUCGGCGGGAAGUGGCUGCUUUCUGGGCUUCAACGAACCCGACAUUGCAGAGCAGGCCAACAUGACCCCGAAACAAGCGGCAAUAGAUUUCCAGACUUACAUGACCCCAUACUCUGGCCAGGCUACUCUUGUCACCCCAGCCGUCACAAACGGUGAGGGGGAUAUGAUUGGUUUAAAUUGGUUAGAGCAAUGGUUUACUGAAUGUAACGGCCGGUGCAAAGCGGAUAGAAUAGCAAUUCAUUACUAUGCCAACAGUGGUUCGACUGAUUUUAUCAACUACGUGACUACUGCUAUUGAUCUCGCAGAAAGAAACGGCAUUCCAAGUAUCUGGAUCACUGAGUUUCAGAAUACAGGAUCUUCUGCGGAUCAGAUUCUUUUUUUGCAUGAAGUCAUUCCUUGGCUCAAUAAUAAUACAGCUAUUGAGCGUUAUGCCUACUUCUUCGUUGCUGAUGAGUAUCUGUUAUCUGGGACUGAGCUCAAUGCUAUUGGACAAGCCUAUAUGUCUUAUUCUUGA